AACGACUUCAGCUACCUGCACACCAACACGCUAGAGGCAUGAACGACUUCAGCUACCUGCACACCAACACAUUCGAGGUUACCAUCGAGCUGGGCUGCGACAAGUUCCCCCAUGCCAGCCUCCUGCACGUGGAGUGGGCACUCAACCGUGAGGCCCUCCUGCUCUACAUGGAACAGACUCACCGCGGUCUGAGUGGCUUUGUGCGCGAUGAGGAGGGAGUCGCCAUCGCUGAGGCGGUGAUUCGCGUGGACGACAUCAACCAUGACGUGCGCACAGCGGCUGACGGGGACUACUGGCGCCUGCUGAACCCGGGCGAGUACCAGGUCACGGCACUGGCGCUCGGCUUCCACUCGGCUAGCCGGCCGUGCCGUGUCGGCUUCCGCGUGGGCGCGACUCGCUGCGACUUCACCCUGCAGCGCAACGCACGCAGCACCGGCCGCCUGCAGGCCCUGCUGAGGAGUCUGGGCAAGGGCGGAGGCGGUGGAGGCGGUGGGAACGGCGGCGGGAACGGCGCGGUGUUGGCGGCUGCGAUGCGGAGACACAGACAGAGGCAAUACCGCAAGCGCUACCUCAUGCAGCUGUGAGU